AUGGACAAGAUCGACAUCCCGCCCCGCCACCGCGAUCUGUUCCUCGCCGUCAACAAGCUCGUCCGCGACUACAUGUACGGGCCGCGCUACGACCCCUCCCACGACUAUGAGCACAUCCAGCGCGUCGUCAAGAACACGUACGAGCUGUACACGGCCGAGAAGGCCGCCGGCCGCCUCCCACAAGAUCUAGAUGUCACGACCAUGUACCUCGCGGCGAUGAUGCACGACGUCGGCGAAACGAAGUACCUUGAAAAGGGUCGUACACAGGAAGAUGUUGUCGUCGAAAAGAUGCUGAAAUGCGGCGCAUCCCCAGCUCUUGCUACCGCCGUCGCCACCAUCGCCCUCAACGUCUCGUACACCCGCGAAAAGUCCGCGCACGACCAAACCCUCAUCCACGCCAUCAUCACCGCACACCCCGAACUUGCAUUCGUGCAGGACGCAGAUCGGCUCGAUGCGCUGGGGCCCAGUGGCCAGGCGCGGUGCUUCGUCUUUGGGGGCGCGAAUGAGGGGCGGAGAGCGCAGAGCAUACACACUGGCGUGCAGUUGCAUCAUAAGCGGUUCCGGUGGUAUGUGGGUAUGAUGAAGACGCGGGCGGGAAAAGAGAGGGCGGAAAAGGGGUGGUCGUGGAUGACGGGUUUCGCGCAGGAGUGGGGGGUGGAUACGGACGUGGGGUGUGUGUUGUAG